AUGAGACUCAUCAACUCUGUAACAUCUGACCAAGAACGCACGAAGAUGGAAGCCCGUGUCAACCAAACCAAGAAAGAAUCUCUCGAAGCCGGCAAAAAGGCACAAAAGACUAAAGACAAAGCAAAGAGCAAAUUUGAGAAGGACGACAUGACAGAUGAAAACCAGGCAUUUCAACAAUGGGUCGUCAUGAACGCACAUAAUGUGAGCGAGGCGAUGGAGUGGCAGAAAGAGAAGAAGCGUGUAUACGAAGAGAGGAUGCGUGGCGAUGAUCAAUUCGAAAAGGUGUUUAUAAUCUUUCUUCAUGAGGACUAA